AUGGCUGAUGGAAAAGGUUUCAAUUUUCGUCGAAAAUUCUUAUUCAAAAUCAAAGAAAAAGUAGGCAAUGUGGAAGAGACUCAAAUGACUCCGGAAUUCAACAAUGAUAUGCAACGAUACGACUCAUACCACGAUUCGGUACUGAAGCUCAUAGAUCUCUUGGAAGCCGUUAAUCAACCAGAUCCAGCUAUUCUCGCUACAGGGCGCGUCGAGUGCCCAAAAGAUGAAGAUCCCCUGGAUAAAAUGAAACGUGCGUUGGAGGCUUUCCAAGAAUUCCUGCCACAAGACAAAGUUGAAAAAGUCGUUAAAAUUUGCAGUAUUCUGGAGAACGCGGCGAAAUGCAAGCGAGACUACCAGGUACCCUGUUUACUGUACAGCCGUUUUUACAUACCAAGUUACUGA